AUGAGAACUUCUACUUUAGCACCGCACCGUAACAGAAGCAAAGCUCAAAUGCAAAUGACAAUACGUGCAAUCGAGUUCAUUAAAUGGAUGAAAACGAUGUCGUUUGCUGCUGAUUGUCAUACUGCAGAGACUUGUAUCAAAUUAAAAUCAGUUAAACAGAAUUCGAAACAUGUCUUUUAA